GGCCGUUCAUUGAGUUCACCUGUGCAGUCCUCUGCGUGAGGUGGCGCCGCUCUAGCGGGCGGCGAUGCAAGGCUGGCUGGCGGCGAGGAUUCAGGGUUGAGGCGGCGAGUCAGUGUUGUGUGGACGCGUGAGGGGAUAUCAGCUCGCUCGUCGCUCCUCCACACGCUUCCAGCCACACUCAUGCUCGCUCGCUAACUCGUGCGCUCAACCAUGAUGGAAAUGUUAUAACUAUACUUGGGGGCGCAUGAUGACCAUAACUGCAUGAUCUGUCAUGACGUAAUAUUCUCUGACUGGACGUAGGGUUAUGAUAAUUACUACGUGGUGUCCCAGUGUCCCUUGUGUCCCUGUGAUGUGUGUCGUGUUGAUGACGGCGGCCUAGGGGGGAGCUAGGGGGCCUGCACCUCCUGGUAUUUUCCUUUACCCCCUGGGCUGGAGUCUGUCUCUAGCUACUGCUGUCGGUGUUCGUGUGUGUGUUCUAGGGAGGGGCGGGAGGAAUCUAGUGGACCUGUCACGGGUGUUCCUGUGUCCUCAGGCGUCUGUGCCUCAUGGAUUGCAUGGCAGAGGUAAUGCCUAGGGGCCGCUGCAAUACGUGGCCCCCACCCAACCAGGAAGACCUUUCCCCCCACCACUAUUUUCCUGCUACACCUGUGGCGCCCCAACAUGCCCACCAGUACCCAGUACUGGGCGAGGGCGCUGGGUGCUCGGUAACACCGGCGGCCGCGGUGCCCCCCAGCAGCAGUAAGAAGGGCGGCAGCACCCGCAGGAACGCCUGGGGCGGCAAAAGCUACGCCGACCUCAUCACCUCAGCUAUCAAUUCUGCUCCCGAAGGACGCCUAACCCUGGCUCAGAUCUACGACUGGGUGGUGGCCAACAUUCCCUACUUCAAGGACAAGGGCGACUCCAACUCCUCGGCUGGAUGGAAGGUAGGUACACCGCGCCUUCACCAGACGGAGCCCAACCUGAUAUAUGCCAAGGUUACCCACUCAAUCCAACCUUCCUGGUUCAACGUAACAUUGAACAAUAUCACUUCAACCACACCUUCUUUAUAAUUCGCAGUAAAAUGAAUUGCUAUUUUUUUCAGCCAUAUAUUUUGAAAUGUAUAUCUCGCUUAUUAUAAAUAAAUGAUACUGGGAUGCUCCAACGAGAAGCGAAAA